AUGCAAGAACAUUUACAAAAUCAAGGUAUAACAGAGAGAAUUCACAGAAACACUGGUCAUGUACCUAAAAUUACUAUCUCCAAUGAGACACAAAAUGAAAAUGAUCAAAAUGAAAAAAUUAUUUCGUAUUUUACUUUUAGAAGACUUUGGCAAGAAACAAUUCCUCAUCUUAAAUUUCAAUCGCCCACGAGUGAUCUUUGUGAAAUGUGUGAAACUUUUAAAGCAAAAUUGUUAGUAGCAAAGUUCAAAAAAGAUGAAUACGAUCAAAUUAAAGUUUAA